AUGGAAGACAUGCAAGAGUCACUAGCGCCUAGCAGUCCAGUACAUAUAGUUGAAGGGCGCUCAAGUACCUCGAGAUCUCAUGAAGACAGCGACAAGACGGACGAAGACAACCCCUUCUCGCAGUAUUACGGGAUGCUGCUCCACCAGCAGAAUAUGCUGCAGGAUCAUGUGCGAACGGGCACUUACGAACGCGCUAUGCUUUCCAACCCGUCCGAUUUUAAAGAUAAGGUGGUCCUUGACGUCGGGACGGGAUCCGGUAUCUUGGCUUUCUUUGCUAUCAAGGCUGGCGCUCGUAAAGUGUACGCUGUGGAGCUGAGCAAUAUGGCCGACUGUGCUCGUGAACUCGUGGCUGCCAAUGGUCUCAGCGAUCGCAUUAUAGUCCUCAAAGGCAAGAUGGAGGAAGUGGAGCUGCCCGAGAAAGUCGACGUGGUUGUAUCCGAACCCAUGGGUUUCUUUCUCGUGCACGAACGAAUGCUCGAGACAUUUGUAGCUGCCGGCAAAACGUGGCACCGACAUGCACCGAGUUUCAAAAUGUUCCCGUCACUGGGCACCAUGUUCAUGUCGCCAUUCUCGGACGAGAGUAUCUACCGAGAGCAGAUGGCCAAGGUGUCGUUCUGGCAACAGCAGGACUUUUAUGGCGUCGAUCUGUCGACUCUUCGCGCGCGAGCAAUGGACAACCACUUUUCGCAACCGGUGGUCGGAUACUUUCCACCUGAAAUUCUCCUGAGCUCAAAGCCUGCCGAACACGUGCUGGAUUUCGCAACUAUAAGCCAAGAAGAGCUCCACACGUUUGAUUUCCCGUUCCACUUUGUGGUCGAGCGCACAGCGAUCGUUCACGGCCUUGGCUGCUGGUUCACGGUCGACUUCGUGGGAUCCGAUGCACGCGUUGUGCUCAGCACAGCACCCCAAGACGCAGGAACACACUGGUACCAGUGCCGACUGCUACUAUCCACACCUGUUGCUGUCAACGCUUCGCAGAGCAUCAGUGGCAAUCUUCACUUUGUCGCCAACAAAAAGUUCAGUUACGACGUGGACCUCGAAGUUCGUCUUGACGAAACGUCCGUCGUGUCAAGAAACCAUAUUCACUUGCACGAUCAGAUGUACCAUUAUCUCUACUCGCCCGGGGCAGCUUCUGCAGGAGCGAACGCUGCUGGCGGCGUGCGACAGCAGAGCGCGUUGUACUGA